UCCGAGGCAAAGUAAAGGAGGCAUUGUCCGAGGCGAUAUCCGAGGCUGCCGAGGCGCCGUAGUGUUGGCCGUAGCGGGAUAGCAUUUGUACACGGGCAACACUGAAAAAGUUUUAUCCGAUCGGUGAUCCGGCGCGAAAACUGAGGACUCGCUCGCUCAAAUUCAUCGGUUUUGUGAGCGAAAGUCUUUACCAUAAGCGUGUUCUCGUUUCUUUGAUUGCUCCGAACAUUCAGGUUCUUUUCGGUAUUCCGAAAUGCCUUACGAGGGCAGGAAGCCGAACAGUUUCUACUCCUCGACCAACUAUCUGAGCCCACUCGAGCGAAAGCGCCUGCGAGCCAUCGAGAACCAAACGCCAGCGACGGAAAGGACAGAUCAAACUUCCAGCAAGCGCACUUCGAAGAAGAGCGCUCCGAAACGUCGGGAUAAUGCCGGAAAAACACAGCCGCCCGGGAAGCGAAAGCGAAGCGCCUCGGAUUCGUCGAGGACCACCAGGGCGAAGUCCCGGCAGCAACGCUCGGCCGCAGCGCACAAGGCUCCUUCGGCGGCUGCCAAAAAGAAAGCCUUGGUCGUACCGCUGUCGGAGCAGGCUAGCUUACCGUCGGCUACUUCGGAGAAUCCCGAAACUGAGCCGCCUGCCAAGAAAGUCCGCAAGUUCUUCUCGUCAGGGCUGCGCGCUCCGGCGAACGCCUCCAGCAGCCCGAUGGCAGUGGCCACGGCUGUCUCGUGGAACCCCAAGUUCAAACUGAAGUUCGAGCCAACCGUCGCGCCGCUGAAGAAACCGUCGACCCCGGCUUCGGUCAAGUCGGCCAAGAAGGAGCUGGUAAUGACCGUGCCUUUCAGGCCGGCCAAAAAAGCGACGGUGGAAGCUAUCACUUCCUUAAGGAGCGUCGAUUGCGUUUUGCCUGAGCCGAAGCUUCGUGAACCGCCGGGUGAACCCAGAGUGGAUGACGCUGGGCCAGGGAAAACAGUCAGUGGAAUCGCAAACACAAUGGCGAAAAGGUCACUGGUGAUGACUGUACCUUUCAGACGGUCUCAUGUGCAGGCACCGACUGUCGUCUCUGGUUCGAGAGUUGACCUCAGUAUGCAAGAGCAAGUACCUCGCAAACCACCGGAGAAAACAAAAGCCGAAAACAUAGAAUUGCGAGACAACGAGCAUGCCAAAACUAGAGCUGAAACUAGCUGUGCAAAUGUGAGCUCUCUCGGAGUAAAGACAGAUGUCUUGGAAGAAGCAGGGCACGAGUUUUCUGAUGUGUGCGAGCCAUGUGGCAGAAUGAACGACAACAGUGAGGUUGAAGAAGACCACAGUUCCUCGAAGAAAGAUGACUCCCCAUCUUCCGCAACUAUGCACGAACAUUCCAUUGUUCACUUAGAGGCCGAAGUAAAGCAAAGCAAGCCCAUUGUCACUACCCCAACUCGAGGCAGUAGCACUCGCAGUUUCACGUUCCAAGACCGCCGUGACAGUGCAGACCGUUCCAUGCCCCUGAGAGCAUUGUGCACAAAUACACCGGGCACCACAGAUGGCAGGAAAUUUGGCGACCAUUCCCUGCCUUUGAGAGCACUGUGCGUAAAUACACCGGAUCACACAGGUGGCAGAACAUUUGCCAAGAGGCCAAGUACGCCACCACCAGACAGCUCUCGCAGCCCAAAUAGACAGUCUCUUUACCCAAUCUUUUCAACACCCACUUCAAACCGCAAAACGAGGAUGGAACUGCGCCAAAUACCCGCCUCGCCCAUCGAGGUGCCAAAAAAACGGUUCAUGCCGGGAUCGUCAGACCCAGCGCAGCUCAUAAUUGACGCUGGACAAAAGAAGUUUGGACACACGACGUGUGCCGUGUGUGGGAUGGUGUACACGAUUGGAGAAGUUGAAGACGAAAAGCUGCACGCAAAGUACCAUCGGUCCUACCUGGCAAUUGUGAAGUUUCCGGGCUGGAAGAACCAGCGCGAAGUUGGCCUCUAUCCGGACGGCAAGAUAAUCAUGGUGUCGCCGAAUGAUCCCAAGUGCAUGCUCAACAAGAUGGACGAGAUACGACAGAUGGUUGACAGGGAGCUGGGCAUACUAGAAGAUGAGUCGACUCACCGUGCUCCACAGAUGUACUUUGUGUUCGUGUCGUACUCGAAGAACGUGCUCGGAUUCCUCUCUGCUCAGGAAAUCAAGCAGGGCUAUAGAGUAAUCCCCAACGAAAACAGCGACGGGAACAACAGUUACUGCUGCGAGUGCGACCCAAAACCAGCCGUUUGCGGAGUCACUCGAAUCUGGACGGCGCCAUUCUACAGGCGAAAGAAGGUGGCAUCGAGGUUGCUGAACCGACUUCGAAUGAACUUUUCCUUUGGCUGCCCGCUCGAGUUGAGCAAGAUUGCCUUCUCGGACCCAACCCUCAUGGGCCGUGAGCUCGCCGCAGCAUACACACGGAACGACAGAUUCCUCGUAUUCCGUCCCUGAAUUGCGCUCUCAGCCACCUGGUUGUCAAAGUUCAGGUUUGAGAGGCCACUCUCAAAGGUUCUUGAGGUACGAGGCCAGAAAGGAAGUUAAUUUUCCUGUGUUUUCAUGAAUUUAUUACCAUGAAUUUUCCUGCGGUGUGAAUGCAUCUGCUAGAAUUGAGAAGUAUGCUGCUGUGAACCACGUGCACGAGAUACAAGUAUGUCUCUCAACUAGAUUUUCAGCCGUACCUCCAGGAUGCAAGAAAAUUUUUGGCAUCUUCAUGGCGUCCUUGUUCUGUAAACUUUUCUGACAAAUUGUACAGCUCCUUGACAGAAGGUAUAGCUUACAGCGUUUGAUCUAGUCACUCAUUAAGGCGCGUAACUAUACCCUGCCUAAUUUGCGGUCCCGUGUCUAACAACACCUGCACCUUGACAACCGUUACGAUGUAACUGAUGAGUAGACAGAGAAACGGUAAAGUGGGUCACAUGCCAGGCGUGUGCACCAAUGUGCAUUGCGUGUAUGCAUAGGAUACUGCCAUACUGUGCACAACUGCUGUAGUGUGUAUGUUGUAGCCAGCUUAUGGUACUAAAGACAUUGCAUCUUGUUGCAAACAGUGUUUGAAAGGUUUAGCAUAGGCUGUCACUGUUCGACAGUAAUGCUUACUCGUUAUAAGGGGAGCUGUACAAUGCUGAGUUACACUACGGCAGUGUGACAGAGUUGACAAGCUGUCACAAAAACGGGUCACAAUUGAUUUGAUACUCAUAUUACGGUGCAGCACGGUCCACUGUUAAGAGGAACACCUAACCAGUCAUAAAGCCGGUAUAACUGGAACAUUUGCUUGCCUUUAUCAGAAGAAAGUGGUUGAUACAAUCAAAUAUAAAUCAAACAUAUAUAUUUAUGCAUAAAACAUUUGUCUGCGGUCCUUAAUGCCAUAUGUCAGCGGUAAUCUAUGGCAAAGUACUAAGAACAUGUUCCGUUUAACAGCGGAUCGUGCUGUAUAUUGUGUCAUCGGACAAAGGUCACCUGAGACUGCAAAGUUGUGUCAUUAUUAUUGCCUUAACCAGAUAAGUAUCUACAAAGGCAGCUUUUUCACUGCGAAUAGUAUUCAAAAGGUUUGUAAUGAUCGCAAGGGACGAUCUUGUAAAAUAUUUCAUUGCCACAAGGGUGAUGUUGACACCCAGGUCCCUGUAGGCUUCUGUAACCGACGGCCAGGUAUCUUUUUUUACAUGUAUGUGUACUCGUCUACUGCAGAAGCCUUUGUAACAAUUUUGUUUUGCUUCUUGAUGUGAACAAAUAAAAAACUGUAUUUUA